GCUUUAAUCUGUAAUCUGUGGACGUUCCUAAUACCACAGAUCGAAAAUUGUAUAUGUUGUGAUAAUUAGCACUCAAGUAAUAAGGAGGAAUUCUUCAUUUCUCAAUAUAAAACUUAAACGAAAAUGAGCUUCGAAAAUUCUACAAAUAAUGGAAAUAAUCAAGAAGAACAUAAACACGGUAAACCAGAGGGUUAUCAAAUAUCGAGGACAGAUAUGAACAUGUUGAUAAUGAAUUAUUUAGUAACAGAAGGUUUUAAGGAAGCAGCUUUAAAGUUUCAACAAGAGGCAGGGCUGCAGGAGCCUGCGCUCUGCAGUUCUUUAGAUGAGCGUAUAAUGAUCAGAGAAGCAGUACAGAAUGGUCGCAUCCCUGAAGCUAUUGCAAUGGUCAAUGCCUUGCAUCCAGAAUUAUUGGACAAUGACAGAUUUCUCUACUUCCAUUUACAGCAACUCCAACUGCUAGAACUGAUACGUGCAGGGCGUGCAGAGGAGGCAUUAGCGUUCGCAAGCGCGACGCUUGCUGAGGCCGGCGCUAAUGACCGUGCUGCGCUCGCCGAGCUAGAACGCUCCCUAGCACUGCUAGCCUUCCCUGAUCCACACUCUUCACCCUUUGCUGACCUACUCUUGCCCGCACAUGGACAAAAGAUAGCUAGUGAACUCAAUGCAGCAAUAUUAAAAAUGGAAAACCAAGAGUACACAAAUCCGAAGCUAUGCAGUCUCUUACGCAUGAUCCUGUGGUCACAGAGUGAGCUUGACAAACACAAUGUCAAGUACCCCAAGAUGACCGACUUAGCCAAUGCAACUAUAGAACAACCAAAGUGAAUGCAUAUGUUAGCUAAUAAAUUACAUUGAUAGGAGUGUUUUAAUUCACUUGACUUCUAUAGACAUUCUAGUAAUGAAAAUAAAAAUAGUAUGCUCAAUUUUAGUUGAUCCAAAAUAUAUGUUCGCCGAAGAAUUAAAUGUAUGGUUGUAUUUUCAAAACUGUUGUAAUAACUAGUGUAAAACUGUGGUCAACUAAACAAGCAACUAUUAUGUGGAGAUUUUACAGAAUGUUCAUCAAAUAUAUCAUUAGUAUUGGAUAUUGUUUUGUUUAUAGAUGUUUCUUUUUUAUAUUAGCGAUAGUUUAGAGGAAAAUGUUUAUUAAGAAAUCUUAA